GGGAGAUCAACAUUUAUGCCAACAUGGCACAAGGGUUCCAAAGCAGCCUAUUUGUGGCUUAUUGCUUCCUCCCCUACGGUGUACAACAACAGGUCAUGCAGGUUGACCUUCAGCGCCAGGUCCCGCCGGCGCCGCCUGUUCCUCCCCCAUAAGCGGCCUCCACCCCUUGCCACGGCUUUAUCAAUCCCUGGUCAACAGCUUUAUUUUGAUCCACGGUGAGACCUGACGCAGACAAAUACUUAAGCAUAAUGAAUCAGAAAGACUGGGAAACGACUGAUGUCGUUAUAUGUGGAUGUGGUCCUACGGGCGCCCUGUUAUCCGCUUAUCUCGGUCGCGCCGGUGUCCACAAUGUGGUACUGGAGAAGGAGCCGACAAUCACCACUGAUCCGCGUGGGAUAGCCUUGGAUGACGAUGGAAUUCGUUACCUACAGGGCCUGGGUCUGUACGACUCUAUCUAUACCAAGAUAGGCACCUCCAUGGGAAGAUUCAAUUUCGUCAGUGGGACCGAUAGCGAUAUGCACAAAGCUCCGAUUCUGGCAAUGGACUACAACAUAAUCGCAGGAGCGACAGGCCAUGUCGGCUUCAUAGGCCAUAAACAACCCGUCCUCGAGAGCCACAUCAGGGACUGCAUGCCUUCAUCCCAUUGCUCCUUACGAUGCAACGCGACUGUCAUUCGUCUGGAAGAAGACGAAGACUGGACUUAUUGUACAUACCGUACCGCGGCCGGAGAAGAGCACAGUCUUCGAGCAAGAUUCUUCGUGGGCGCGGACGGGAAGACAGGUUACACGCGCAAGCAAUAUCUGGAACCGCGAGGCGUCAUCUUAGAGAAAUUCCAUGAAGCCUUCUAUGAGGAAACUUGGGUAGCAUUGAACUGGCGAAUCACCUUACCAACACCCCAGUCGCAUCCCAGCUUCCCACUGUGGAAGCGAGGUUACUCACCAGAGCAGGUGUAUGACCUAUUCUUUCCGCCCGAGUUUCGAUUUCUUUGCAAUCCGGACAGACCAGCUGUUGCUGGGCGCUUUGGCCUCCCAGCUGACAGACUGUGGCGGUUCGAGUAUAUCAUCCACAAAGGCGAAGAUGGAUAUGUGAUGGCUAGUCCAGAAGAAAUGCGACGCGUUGUUUAUCCCUACAUCACACACAGGGGCAGUCGAUACCAGCUCGCUGGAGACGUACAGUUUCCUGAAGAUUGCAUCGAAGUACUCCGCUGUCGCCCGUUCACAUUUUCGUCGCGGACCUGCAACAUAUGGGCGAAGGAUCGAGUGAUACUGUGUGGCGACGCAGCUCACGUGUUUCCGCCCUUUGGCGGGCAGGGUAUUGUCUCCGGUUUCCGCGACGCAAUAUCACUCUCCUGGCGCCUAGCUAUGCUCUGUCGCUACCACUCUAAUCAGAAAUCUCAUCAUGAUGUCCUAAAGGCUUGGUAUGAGGAACGUAAGCAACAGCUCAAGCUUUCGCUAGCAACAACGGUCGCGAAUGGAGUUAUGGUAUGCGAAACUCAUCCGCUGAAGAUCUUUCUCCGAGACUGGUACAUCUGGUUCCUCCAGUUCUUUCCCAGCUGGAGACGACAAUUACAGCACGGUCGCAGAAAUGCUGCGAUAUUCCGAUACAAACAUUCCAGCGGAAUGCCUUUUAUCCCAGAUCUAAACGGUGGUCUAUAUCUUCCGCAAAUAUAUUGUCGUCGAACAGAGGACGAUGAGAUACUUUUCACAGACGACGCAAUUUACGGUUCAGAUAAUACCACCUCUCUCUUCCGCUUAUUUGUAUACGUGCAGGACUCAUCUGAGAUCCCAGCUAUCAAGCACGCCCUCGAGGGAAUAGAAAAUUGGUCCCGUGGCGAGUUCAGUGCAACCGACAUCCCCUUUAUUCUGGAAAACGGUGAUAUUGACCCAACGAGCUCAUCUAAAGGAAGAAACAUCUUCCGCGUCGCUACCGCAGACGAAUUUGCCAAAUCUCCGUUGUGUAGCGAUCGUCCCAGGCCCUCGGAUUACGACCCUUUCCUUUUAGGAAAUAAAGUACAAGGGAAAUAUAUCAUUGUGCGGAUGGACCGAACUGUGUUCGCAUCUUGUGCGAACGAGGAUCAAUUAAGGGGCGCUGUGCAGAUGAUGUUGGGUUAUCUUUACGGUGAUACUACCGCUGAGUACUCGGCGAAGAUAUAUAGUAGGAUAUAGACGGGUUGAGGAAAGGAUUGUCUGAUAGUACUGAACCAGAUCUCUACUCUUUUAUUCAUUUUGCACAUGUAAGCAC